GUUCCUUGAUGACUGUGUUGUGAAAUGUUCCCUUAUAAAGGCGACUCCCAGGAACUGUUCCUCAUUAGAGCAGGACGGGCCCCACUGCUCCGCUCAGCUGAGGACUGAUCCAGGAUCUGCUCACAGAGUGAGUCAGACUGCAGUUCCAAUAUUUCCAGACACCUUUCUGCUCAUAAACACAAAUAACAAAACUAAAUCCAUUCUGUGUUGGAUUUCCACAUGGUCUGUAAAUUCUUCUUUGUAUUUCCUUUUUGCAAAUAGGCGAUUUGUGGAAAAUGUCAGAAGUUUUCACUAAACUGAAGCUUCAGAUCAUUAUAAAGUUUUCUCACUUGAACCAAAAUGUCUUUUCAGCCCUCUGGAGCUUCAAACACCUGUUUAGAUCGGAAAUGCGCUCCUCAGAAUAGAGAGCAUCUUUAUAGCAGACUUAUUUACUAUUUAGUUCCCCAGAGAAGAUAGACUAGGGCGGGUGUGGGAGGGUGGAACGAUUAAAGUUUAGAAAACCGCUUAUUGAGCAACAUUUGCGGGUGAUCCUCAGACUGCCUGAAACUAUAGUGGAUGUGUCACAAAACGAGCCAGAUGCUGCCUCACACUGCGUGCCUGCUCUCAGUAAAGUGAUGAACGACACGCACACGGACGCCGCGGUGCUUUCAUGACCGCCCGUUUCAUUUCACCUGCACGAGUUCACGCACGGACAGGGCACGCGCCUCGCUGCCACACAGAGGAGCCACUUAUUGGACCGGAAACCUGCGCCUACCUUCAUGUGCGCAACGUUGUGCGCCUCAUUUGUCCUCUUGGCCGCAGGAGAGUUUGACUUCCAGCCAGAUCUCAGAAGUCAGCAAUCAGACCCCUGGUGUUGUGAGCGAAGAUGAUUCCUGUGCUGAUAUGUGCGUUGGUCUCCUUGAGUGUUGCACAACAUGACUUAGAUAUCCUGUACCCUGAUCUAGAGCACUCCAGAACCAUCUACGUCAUAGAAGACGGGCCCCGACUCUCAGUGGUGGCAGAACAAUCUAAGGUGGUGUCGAGAAGAGGGGGAAAUGUGACUUUACCAUGCAAGAUCCAGAGGGACCAAUCACUGGCUCCCAACCACAAGAUGAGGAUCAAAUGGACAAAGCUGACUUCAGAUUACCUCAAAGAGCUGGAUGUCUUUGUUGCCAUGGAACACCACAAAAGGAGUUACGGGAGUUUCCAUAGACGUGUCCACUUACAAGGCUCCUCUCCGACGGAUGCUUCUCUGGUCAUCACAGAAUUAAGACUGGACGAUUAUGGGAGCUACAAAUGUGAAGUAAUUGAUGGACUGGAAGAUGGAACAGCAGUCGUGUCUCUCGACCUUGAGGGUGUUGUCUUCCCCUAUUUCCCUCGUUUGGGAAGAUACAACCUAAACUUUUAUGAUGCCGAUCGGGCAUGCCGGGAACAGGAUGCAAUUCUGGCAUCUGCUGACCAGCUGUAUGAAGCAUUUCAAGAAGGAAUGAACUGGUGCAACGCCGGUUGGCUGAGUGAUGGCUCAGUCCGGUAUCCUAUUACUACCCCCAGGGAACCCUGUGGUGGCAAGAACAUGGCGCCUGGCGUCCGAACCUACGGGCUACGAGACAAGGACAAGAACCACUACGAUGCGUUCUGCUUCAGCUCCCACUACAAUGGUCGGUUCUACUACCUGAUCCACCCAUCAAAACUGACCUAUGAUGAAGCUGUCAGUGCUUGUCAAAAAGAUGGUGCAGAGAUCGCCAAGGUCGGCCAGAUGUUUGUUGCAUGGAAGCUGAAGGGCUAUGACCGCUGUGAUCCUGGCUGGUUGGCAGACGGGAGCGUGCGUUAUCCCAUCUCCAAUCCCAAACGACGCUGCAGUCCCACUGAAGCUGCUGUGAGGUUCAAUGGCUUUCCUAACAAAAAGCACAAGCUGUAUGGAGUGUACUGUUUCAAGGGCCAAAACUGAGCUUCAGACCCUAUAUCCUUCAAACACAUAUUCUCUACAAGCAUGCACAAACAUUUACAUUAAUGAACACACCAGAGGGAGGAAACAAUUGAGGAGGGAAUUCUGAGGUAUGGACAUAUACAUUUAAACUGUGAUGCUUUAUUUAAAGGAAACCUUAAGACGGUAUUGUCAGACAUUCAUGUUAUUGCUUUGUAAUCUAGGACCUGAUUAUUUACAAGACAGUUUACACUUAUUUAAGGUUUAUAUUAUUUAAUCAAUGCCUUUGAACAGGGUGGUUGGGUUGUUGUGAGAGUUCAGGAUGGGUCAAUGUCACAGUUACAGAAGAAACAAGGCAUGCCAAGAAAACAGAACGACCCAGAACAACAUCACAGUUGGACUAAAACCUUUGGCACUUAUCUUGUUUUUGGUCACAACCAUGAAACAGCUAAAAGCAAGAUGGGGGGAAAGCUCAACUUCUGUAACACUGAUCAAAUAAGACAAGCUGGCACAAAUGUAUUAUUGUGCCUUGCUGUCCGUUCUCAACAAGGUGCUAUGACCAGUACUUUGUACUGCACCCUACUGUCCAGUAUUUUAUGUUUUUUGUACUAUUGCGUUGGACCAAACAGUGUCAUCGACAAAAUUAAUAGGAAACAGGAACAUCCAAAUAUUAGCAUUCUGUUUUAUACAUGUAGAAUGUGAUCAUUUAGAAAUGUAUUUCUGUUCAUGAAUACUUUUGAUAUAUUGUAGAACUUUUUUAUUUUUUCAUCUCUCUGGUGAAACUGUCAGAAUCUUCUUGGUUUACAUAAAACACAUUAAAGCAGUGGUGAGAAAAAUGGCUAUUGUCAAAAAAAAGGGUUUUGCACUGAACGCAUAAAAACAAUGGCGCCAUGGGGAACGUGAACACCAGUGUUCUUAUUGCAGCAAUACAAAAUGCCUGGCAUGAAUUAGAUGACGACGUGCAGAUUUACGGCUAUAUUAGAGAUCAGCUCGGACUUUGGAGCAUGUUUUGGCAUUAAGCAGCUCUGAGCAGAUCCACUCUUGCUACAGCGCCCUGGCAUCAACUUCAACUUUUGACCAAAGUUUUGUAUCAUGUAUAAACCUUUGCGAACAACGGUAGGCACAGUAUAUAACACAUUACCGUUGCCACUAUUGAGAUGUGAUUUAUCUUGAAUACGACUUUUUUUUGGUCAGCCUGAAUUUAAAGCGGGAAAUAAAACACUUCAUUUCAGUGAAACUCUGAAAAUGGCCGCUCCGACAUAACAUGCCUACAACGGUGUCUUAGGCAGGUUGGUUGCUGUAUUGGCUAUGGUAGUCCAGUAGUGAAGGUUUUGUCAAGUGCUGGCAUUGGUUCGACUCCCUGUGGUGUCGGUAAGAAAUUAUUUAGCCACCUGAAGCAAAUUUCAUGUCUAAAUAGAAGUUUUAUUGAUUAUUUUCUGCAAAAUAAUUUGUUUCUGUAAAGGUUUUUAAAUUUUUGAUGAGAAUUAGCUUCUCUAAAUUCGAGAAUUGGAAAAGGGCAGGAUGCCUUCUCCAGGUCAGGAAUGAGGUCCUGCCUCAAGUGGAGGAGUUUAAGUAUCUCGGGGUUUGAUCUUGAGUGAGGAAAAGCUGGAGCACGAGAUCGACAGGUGGAAUGGUGCUGCAUCUGCAGUGAUGCGGGCGUUGUACCGGUGUGUCGUGGUGAAGAGAGAUCUGAGCCGGAAGCUCUCAAUUAACUGGUCGAUUUGCAUUCCUACCCUCACCUAUGUUCACGAGCUUUGGGUAGUGACCGAAAGAACGGGACUGUAGAUACAAGUGGCCAAAAUUUGUUUACUCCGCAGGGUGUCUAGGCUCUCCCUUAGAGAUAAGAUGAGAAGCUUGGUCAUCCGGGAGGGGCUAGGAGUAGACCUGCUGCUCCUCCAUGUCAAGAGGAGUCUGUUGAGGUGGUCCGGGCAUCUGAUUAGGAUGCCUCCUGGACACAUUCCUGGUGAGGUUUUCCAGGCAGAUCCAACUGGGAGGAGACCCAAGGGAAGACCCAGGACACAGCGGAGGAACUAUGUCUCUCGGCUGGCCGGGGAACGCCUUGGGAUUCCCCUGGAGGAGCCAGUUUAUGUGGCUGGGGAGAGGGAUGUCUGAGCCUCUCAGCUUUGGCUGCUUCCCCCAUGACCCGACUCUGGAUAAGCAGCUGAAAAUGGAUGGAUGAAUGGAUAAAGGUUUUUGAAUUUGGUCAUUUCAAAGCAGCAUUUUAGUUGCUUUACUCUGCUCACCUCACAUGGAGUCACACUUGCUAAAUGAACAAAGAAAGUAAAAACAACAACAACAACAACAAAAAACACAAUAAUCCUUAUAUUUAAAGAGUUUACCAAUAAAAGAUUGAUAAUAUGACACUUGCAAGUGCAGCUAAAAAGGAAGAAAAAAGUUACUUCAGAGAACAGGAUGUGAACCUGCACAAAACUACAUGCCAGCCUUACCACUAGACUACCAAGUCUGUCAUAUAACCUUUGUCACCUAUGCCACAUAUCCUAAGCUGACCAGGGGAGACAGAGUAGAGACUAGCUUCAGGGAGAGGAGCAGGGCCUGAUGUUGGGAGCAGGAAGAUGGAGUGAGAUACAACUUUUACAUUAGGUUGUUUCAGGAAUUUCAAAAUAAGUCAAAAUUUGCAGUUGAAACAGGAAAAUGCAUAAAUGCAAACAAAAUCGUUUGGGGGUAUUGUUCAUGUGAAAACAACAAUAUUACGCGUUGCAAAGCUCCAAAGAGUGGAUUUUCCAUGAUGUGCCCCCUUUAAAGAAAACAAGCAGAGUGAGUCUUUGCCAAAUUUUUUGUUUUUAACAUUUUAUUCCAUCACACACCACCUCACAAACUGUCUGGGAGAAACAAAUCAGUUCUCAUGGUUACUCAAGUUUUCAAUGCUAUACAUUUGGACCCCAUAGAUUUCUGCUCCUGUGACAAGAUGACAUACUGAGUAGAGCAUUUUUUAAAUUCCCUUGUUUGUUGUGUGGAAAAUAUCUGAAUUAAACUCAAGGAAAACAACUUUAGGGUGUGAUAAGGGUGUGUCUAAUAAAAAUGGGAAUCAGUGGAUCACAACUUUGACAAAUAAAGGUCCACAUGUCAUUACAGAAAUCCGUUAACGCUAACUCCUACUUGCCAUUGUUACUUUAAUUCAAAGAAGCUAAUGUUAGCUCUUUUAAAUGUUUUACUUUUAAGGGAAAUGAUGGUUUAAACAUGUCAAUAAUGUUUGCAAUCCUAAAAAUGUACACAGUUGAUUGUUUUUUUAGGAAAAUAAUUAUUUUGUGCAGAAACACAUAAGAACACAAACCAACACAGAUAACAUGAAGGCAUUAGCUAGUAAGUGCUAUAUGGAAUUAUGGAUGUCAUUUCAAUGUAACUCUCAUUUAAAAUGUCUUUUUCGUCUUGUUUUUAGGCCUGCAUUAUAUGUUAUAUAUGAACAACAAAGAAUAAAACACAGAAAUGUUAAAAAGCUAAAAAUA